GAAACGCGCACACACACAUCUUUCAGACCAAAGGCGCCGUUGAGCGGUAGGGCCUAUUUAGGGCUUUCUAAAGUUAGAAUUAAAACCGUCGGGACUAAGGAAAAACAUGGGCCUUUAGCCACACGCAGUUAUGAAUGUUUGAUGGUGAUUUGCGUGUUUUAUUAAGCAGGUAUCGUGCUGUUUCGUGGCGCAGCUCGUCGUUUUCGCGGCCGUUGCGGAGAGGGAUUGUUAUGACGUUCUCUUUGUCUCGCGCUGCACAAACCCGAGACCAUAUUUAUCUCUGAAAGAGCCUUUUUUAAACAUCCCGUCGAAUCAGGCUACUCCUAACGAGCCAAUUCUCACUAGCUGUCGCCGAUCACCGGGAUUGAAGCAUGUCGUUGCACGGUAAACGAAAAGAGAUCUACAAAUACGAGGCGCCAUGGACCGUCUAUGCCAUGAACUGGAGCGUCAGACCCGACAAGCGCUUUCGGCUCGCGCUCGGCAGCUUCGUCGAGGAGUACAACAACAAGGUCCAGCUGGUUGGUCUUGAGGAGGAGAGCUCAGAGUUUGUAUGCAGAAACACUUUUGAUCAUCCGUACCCCACCACCAAGAUCAUGUGGAUCCCAGACACCAAAGGGGUCUAUCCAGACCUGCUGGCCACCAGUGGAGACUAUCUGCGCAUAUGGAGGGUGAAUGAUACGGAGACCCGUCUGGAGUGUCUGCUGAAUAAUAAUAAGAACUCUGAUUUCUGUGCACCCCUCACCUCAUUUGACUGGAAUGAAGUGGACCCCAACCUUCUGGGGACAUCUAGUAUUGACACCACCUGCACAAUCUGGGGUCUAGAGACAGGACAGGUCCUGGGGAGAGUCAACCUAGUGUCAGGUCACGUCAAAACGCAGCUAAUUGCUCAUGACAAGGAGGUCUAUGACAUCGCAUUCAGCCGUGCGGGUGGAGGACGGGAUAUGUUUGCAUCAGUGGGAGCAGACGGAUCUGUGCGUAUGUUUGAUCUGCGACACCUAGAGCACAGCACCAUCAUCUAUGAGGACCCUCAACACCACCCGCUGCUGCGCCUCUGCUGGAACAAACAGGACCCUAACUACUUGGCCACCAUGGCAAUGGAUGGCAUGGAGGUGGUGAUUCUGGAUGUGCGUGUGCCGUGUACACCAGUCGCUCGACUCAAUAAUCACCGUGCCUGUGUGAACGGCAUUGCUUGGGCACCUCAUUCCUCUUGCCACAUAUGUACAGCAGUAGCGGACGAUCACCAGGCUCUGAUCUGGGACAUCCAGCAGAUGCCGAGGGCCAUCGAGGACCCCAUCCUGGCCUACACAGCCGAGGGCGAGAUCAACAACGUGCAGUGGGCCUCCACUCAGCCCGACUGGAUCGCCAUUUGCUACAACAACUGCCUGGAGAUCCUGCGGGUGUAGAGGAAAAGAGUCUUCAGCGGAGCAGAGACUUGUUUUCUAAAGUUCCUGAGGUCUGGCGGUUUCAAGAGUGGAAACUGAACGAACGGGCCAAUGGGAACGGCGGUCUGAACAAUGUGUGUAACUUCUUUCGUCUGGGAGAAUGAGGCGGCGUGAAUGAGCAUCUGUGUUUCUGCACAAUAUAUUAUUAUUAUCAUUGUUAUAAUGGUCUGUUUUCCUAUUUGCCGGUGUCCCAGAGUCUUCAUAAUGGGAUCUUAAACACAACUGUCGUUAAUUAUUAUGAUUGUAGGGAGAGAGAUACAUGUUUAUUCAGUUUGAGCGGUAAAAACGAUUUAAGAAAAUGCUGCAACUAGGGUUAAGAUAAAAAUUUGCCAACUUGACGUACAAAACAUCCAUUCAUUCAGAUUAAUGCGGUUUUAAAGGUCCUUUGAACUUCAGAUUCUUGUUUUUUGGUCAUUUCAGGAAGGUGCCAUUUUGUUUUUUGUUUGUUUAUUAUUUUUUGUAGCCUUGGACAUUUAAAUGCGAAUAAUAUAGAGAUGAAAUGUUUAGCGUCAUUGGAAAACAUUGAUCAUUUUUCCUCAAAUACACACUUCUUGCAGUUAGCCGACAUCAAUGUUUAAGAAAAAUGUCUUACACAUUUUUUAUAUUAUUGUUAUUAAAAGAUUCAUCACAACUCAAAUGUGAACAAGAGCUCCUGAUGUUUAUUUCUUUUUAUUUUCCUCCAUAAAGUCCUCCUUUCAGCAUGCUUGUGCUCGAAGUGAAAUGUGUACUGUAUACAUAUAUAAAUAUUACGUACAAGGUAGGACAAAAGUGUCGCUUCUCCAGAAGAGUUUUGCAUCGCGAGUCAAUAUUUGGUCUGUCCAUGAAGUCGUUCUGUUGUUAUGCAAAUAUAAUGUUGUAGUAACGCCACUCUCGUUGGUCGAGAACGAAACGAAAAGUGAAAUUGCAAGGCUGUGUGGGAUCCUCAUCCUCACCUCACACUCUUAGAUGGAGUGUUUCUAUGUAAGUAGUUCUCUGUGUGUGUGUGUCCAGCCAUGAUGCUUUUCUAUUAAUAAACUCACUUAAUAAACUCUUGUUCUUUCAUAAA